CCCGCGCUGCGGGCAGCGCUGCUGGCCGCACUCGGUUCACAGUCGCAGCGGCCCGCCCACGCUCUCCGGACCUAGGCAGGCGGUGGCCGCUCGGCCGCUCCCGGGUCCACAUGGCUGAGGGGGACGCAGGGAGCGACCAGAGGCAGAAUGAGGAAAUUGAAGCAAUGGCAGCUAUAUAUGGCGAGGAAUGGUGUGUCAUUGAUGACUGUGCCAAAAUAUUUUGUAUUAGAAUUAGCGACGAUAUAGAUGACCCCAAAUGGACCCUUUGCUUGCAGGUGAUGCUACCGAAUGAAUACCCAGGUACAGCGCCACCUAUUUAUCAACUGAAUGCUCCUUGGCUUCAAGGGCAAGAACGUGCAGAUUUAUCGAAUAGCCUUGAGGAAAUAUAUAUACAGAAUAUUGGUGAAAGUAUUCUUUACCUGUGGGUGGAGAAAAUAAGAGAUGUCCUAAUACAAAAAUCUCAGAUGACAGAACCAGGCCCAGACGUAAAGAAGAAAACUGAAGAGGAAGAUAUUGAAUGUGAAGAUGAUCUCAUUUUAGCAUGUCAACCAGAAAAUCCAGUUAAAGCAUUGGAUUUUGAUGUCAGUGAAAAUCGAACAGAAAUAGAAGAAUUACCUCCGAUUGAUCAUGGCAUUCCUAUCACAGACCGAAGAAGUACUUUUCAGGCACACUUGGCUCCAGUAGUUUGUCCCAAACAGGUGAAAAUGGUUCUUGCCAAAUUGUAUGAGAAUAAGAAAAUUGCUAGUGCCACCCACAACAUCUAUGCAUACCGGGUCCUUUUAAGGUUACUUCCUGGUUCUGGGGCUGUGUUCCUGCUUUGGAGUUAUGGGGCACUCUUCAGGCUACUCGUACACACAGCUAUCGGAUGCUGCAUCAUUAUCUUCCUGGCAUGUGAGGAAAGGGACUGUGAGGAUGACGGGGAAACAGCAGCUGGGGGGCGUCUUCUCCACCUCAUGGAGGAACUCUGUGGGGGUCAGGCCUGUAGACUGGUGGGCUUCACGUUAAGGGCAGCAUUUGACAAAUGUCAAACUGAAGAAGACCUUACUGAUUUUGAAUGUGAGAAAUGUCAUGGUGGUGGUAUCACGCUGGUAUGGAGGGAUUUUGCUAGGACCAGAUCGCUUCAAACAUAUCAACAACUGUGCCAGAAACAUUCUAGUGGAGAAGAACUACACAAGUUCACCAGAGGAAUCAUCUAAGACUUUGGGAAAGAACAAAAAAGUAAGAAAAGACAAGAAGAGGAGUGAACAUUAAUACCUGAAACUGUAUGAAAGGUUAAUUUGCCUAUAGUCAUAUACAGAUCCCACAGUCAUCAAGGAAUAUGUUGUGCAGAGAGAGAAUCCUGGACUGUUCAAGUCAGCCAUCUCAUUGGGGACACCAAUAUUAUCUUUUCUUCUUUGGCUGUAUCAUCUGCCAAAAAUAGAGAACUUGUGAUAUUUUCAUGAGUGUUUCAGGCUGAUUCAGAAGGAUUAAUUUGAACUUAAUCACCACUUCAUAUAAUUUUAGGAAGGUAACAGUUGCCCAGGGCAGUACCUGAAUUAACUGUGCAUUUCAUUACAUGUCAAGUGCCUUUGUUAGGUGGGGAAGAAGUGUCUCUAGAGGAAUAUAAAUACCUGAUUUCUUGUCAUUGGGAUUCUCAUUUUGUUAAAUGAAUAUCACCUUUUACUGCUUUUUACUGCUCCGUAUGGCUUAUUGAAAUAGGGGCUCAUUGAAGAUUGAUCUUAGAGAGUUUCUUCUUGUGAUUUUAGUUCAUAAGUAUGUCACCUUUCAUUUUAUAGUGCUCAUGGAGUGAUGGAUUAAGUGAAAAUCCAGGAGUAUCCAUCUGCAGUUAUGUGCUGAAGUGAUAAUUCAUCUAACAGAUUCAUUAGCAUAAGCGUUAUGCCUCAGUUUCUGUCGCAAAUUGGUGAUUGUGAAAUUUCAAAAAGUGAUUUUCUAGUCUCUACUUUUUUUGUUUAAUUCUUGUACUGUUAAGCAAUAAAUAUGGUGUGCCUGUAGUCUCCUCCCACCGCCGAAAUGUGUUGGUGUAAUAUUCUGGUUUCUUUUAACAACCUGGAAGUACUUUCUUGUGAUCUUCAUUGAGAAAUUAGAACUAUGCCAGAAGCUGUGCUAUGGUUAACGGAACAUUUAUGGAAUGGGGUAGAAGUGGCAGAACACCACUGGUGUAAGGUGAGAGUGUGUUGUGUAGUUCUGUAAAUGUGAUGCACAUUUCCCAUCCACACUCCUCCAGCUAUCUUUCUCAACUCCAUGACUUUGUGGAGAGAAGGAGCAAAUCUUUGAUUGGAAAAACAGAGAAAAUCCCUCUUUUUUUCCAUCUUCCUUUCAUCAGUGCUUUAUAAAAUUCCUUCUUUCAUCUGCAAGUUGUGCAGUUUACCUCUAGGCAUCUAGACAAAUUUAUCCAUGAGAUAUAAGUCAUUAACUGUUCCCUUUUAGAUAAUGAUUGCAAACAAUUAUUAAAAAUUAUUAAUUGGUCACAGAUUUACUUGAGAUUCCCUUCCAAAGAGAGGGAACAGAAAUAAGGAAGCAAUUUGGGAUGGUGCUGGAACAUGGAAGACAUCAGAGAAGAGUGGACACAGAUUUUUUUCUAUUCUCUGAUGUUUGACCUUUAAGAGAUCUAACAUCCUAACUUGGUAUUUUUAAUAAGAAUCUAGUAAACAGCUUUACACUAGGAUGGAUUUUGAGAAGUAAAAUCUGUAUUGGUUGUAAGUGUGUUUAAUUGUUGUAACCUAUAUUUAUUUAAAACACUUACCUCAGAGUCCAUGAAAAAAUUAAGUAUGUUUUAUGUAUUAACUGUUAAAAUAAUUAAAGACCUUAAAGACCAUUAAUUAACAUUAAAAUAACUUCACAAUUUUGGCAUGUCAAAACCUGUGAAAGAAGAUAUAAAACAGUAAGAAUUGCUGCUACAGAAAAAUGAAUGUGAGUUAAUUUUUCUGCAACACUAAAUUUGAAUUCCCUUUUAGCUGUUUUAUCCAACAUUUAUUUAGGUCUUUAUAGAAAACAUUUUUAUCUCUGAUCCCACUUUCCCUUAUUAAAAAAAUAUUUUUGCUUCUUUCUUUUAUUAACCACAUUUUCCAGACUAAAAAACCCUAAUAUCCUUUGCCCGAAGUCAGAUAGUAAAAAGGAGAGACCCAAAAGUCUCCAAUUCUGGAACGUGAGUUAUUUUACACUCUUCAUUAUGGACCCCUAACUAGUUAUAGUAUCUUUUUGUCUAUUUAAAAUUUGUCUAUUUAAAAUUUUGUCUAUUUAAAAUUUUUGUCUAUUUAAAAUUUUGUCUAUUUAAAAUUUUGUCUAUUUAAAAUCUUACAAAGUAGCAAGUAAUGGGAAUAGCAGUAUGAUUUGGAGGUAUAUAUCAUGAAAUAUAUGGGAAUAGCAGUAUUAUUUGGAGGUGUAUAUCAUGAAACAUUUGAUAGAUACCUAUUUGAGAGACAUUAUAUCAAACUAAUCACAACCAAGAAAGAAUAGCAUGAAGCAGAUACUGUUUGAAGGCAGGUAAAAUUUAUUGCAGAAAUUGUAUAGUCACCUGUAAUUCCACUGUCUAGAGAUAACUGUCGUUAACAUUUGGUAUGUACGUCCUUCUAUUUUUUUCCUAUGCAUGAUUUUGUAUAUAUGGCUAUUUUUCUUUCCAUAAAAAUGGUACUAAACUGUAUAUACUGUUUUCUAUUCGGCAUAUUUCAUAUAGAAGUAUAUUGUUAACAUUUUCCCAUGUCAAUAAAUAUUCUUCUAUGGCUUAA